AUGGCGUCCAACCUUCUGGGCACUGCGAAAUCGACGCUGCCCAACGAACUCGCUCUCCUAGUGCUCGACAAUCUCGAAGACAACAACAAAGCACUAUGCGCUCUUGCUCGCACGUGUCGCGGUAUGCAACACCUCGCCGAGGAGCGACUCUACAAGCGAAUCGAACUUCUUUCGGUAAAGAACCUUCAUGCCAUCAUCGAAGCCUUCACAUUGCGUCAUGAACGCGUUCGUGCCGUACAAAUACUCAAGAUCUUAUAUCAAUACAAAGACAACAGUUUGAAGGACAGCGACGAGAUAAGGACAACCUUCAACGAGUGCGUAGCUCGUAUGGUCAAUUUGAGGGAAUGGCAUAUUGAGAGCCCUUACGAUAAUUUCCACUGGGAGGGAGCUGGUGGCGAGGCUUGGGUUCAUGGCGAUAUGCAACGUUUCCGCCGUGCACUUGACACAGCCUGUGUCGAUGGCCCAAUCGAGGCAGACAAAAUCACGGUCGAACGCCGUUUGGGAAAGCACGUCGAGCGGACUGUCGGGUUGGGUCUUCUGGAGAGCUUGACCAUUCAUUCGCACGGCGCGGAUACCGACUUCUGGAACCUCGAUGGCUUCCAUUGCCUCUUUCGGCAUCCUGCACUCAAACACCUCCACGUCUCCUGCGUUGCUUUUCCGGCUUCUGAAAUUCCCGAACUUGCAUCACACACCCGCGCGACUCCUCUGACUUCGCUUGUCUUUGAUGAGUGCGUGCUACAACCCAAAAGCUUGCUCAGCAUCUUGCGUACGCCGGCACGACUAAAGACAUUGACUCUCGGUGAGAACGUUUUUAAUGUCAAUCGUUCGAGGCAGGUUAAGCCUGUCCUGAACAAAGAUCCGUGCGGGUCGCUAGGCGCUCUCUCAGCAGUUGCGCAUUCACUGGAAAGCUUAACACAUCUCAACCCCGGUUGGCGUAUCGAUAGAAGCCCCCAUGUGCUGCGCAGCAUACGGCCAUCCGGUGACGGCAUGCGCGAUUUCCACCUUCUUAAAUACAUGGAGUGCGAUACAAACUCCUUCCUGCAUCAGGCAGUAGUCAUGAACCGCGAUCUAGCGCCACCUAGCCUGGAGACACUUCGCGUUCGCCGGCAUUGGGACGUUCCUAUCGACUUCUGGGAUCAACCGCCUGACUUCGAUCACUAUGCCGCAUUGCCCUCUCUGAGGACCCUCGAGUUGGUGCAAUCAUCCUAUCUUUGGCUCGACUUGUCAGACACUGAUUACGUCUGCGAUGAUGAGCGUCUCCGCAAUCGUCAUGCGAAGGCAUACAAGUUGUUCAAGGCCGGCAUCAACCUCAAGAUGAUGAUAGAGCUACACAAAAGCCCUAGCUUGAUACCACCGUAUCUCCAUGACGAGCCCAUCCCAAUCAUCGAAUGCAUGUACGAUGCAAGCGUUGCCGGCUUCCACCGCCACAUAAAUCAUGAAGAGACCGACGAAGGCGCUCAGAUUGCCCAGGAGUCCCCGAAGGAAGCACCCGAAACGGAUCAACUGGGUGAUGCGGACAUCAAUAGGUUAAGAGGAGAGACGCGACGCGCUUUGCACGUCCUCAAGCAUAAGUUUGUUAAACCCGGCCGCCGACUCGCAUUCAUGGACAUGUUCGACUCCGAUGACGAGAGUGAAGAGAUGGCUGGUAGUGACGACGAUUUUGAGGUCGACGACCUUGACGAAGAGGAUGAUAUGGAGCUUGAUCUUGAGCUAGAUGAUGAUGGACACUUUGUGGAUGAAGACGGCAACCACGUGUUUGAGCAAGACGGAGAGCUCUAUGUUACAAUGUGGGAGACAGCCACUGAGGACGAGAUGGACGAGGAUGGAGAAGACGAUAACGACGAGAUGCAUGACGCGGUGGAAAGCCAACAGCAGCCUGCCAACGAUGAUGUGGACUAA